AUGCCUCGUCUAGAUGUGGAAAAAACCAUCGAAGAACUCUCCCUAGGGGAGAAGGUCGCCUUGACGGCCGGAAUCGACUUCUGGCACACAGCCUCCGUGCCUCGUCUCAACAUCCCAACUCUCCGCAUGUCCGAUGGCCCCAACGGCGUGCGCGGAACUCGCUUCUUCAAUGGCGUCCCAGCCGCAUGUUUCCCUUGUGCUACGGCGCUGGGCGCCACAUGGGACACUGAGCUGCUGCAUGAAGUCGGUCAAUUAAUGGGCGAGGAGUCCAUUGCCAAGGGCUCGCACAUCAUUUUGGGUCCCACGAUCAACACCCAGCGGUCUCCGCUCGGAGGGCGUGGAUUCGAGUCCUUUGCUGAGGACGGUGUGCUCUCGGGCCACCUGGCCGGUCACUUCUCCAAGGGUAUUCAGGAGAAGGGCGUUGCGGCGACCCUGAAGCACUUUGUGUGCAAUGAUCAGGAACAUCAGCGUAUGGCUGUUGAUAGCAUUGUGACGCAGCGGGCUCUGCGCGAGAUUUAUCUGUUGCCGUUCCAACUGGCUAUGAGGAUUUGCAGAACGGCUUGUGUCAUGACGGCUUAUAAUAAGGUGAAUGGGACUCAUGUCAGUGAGAAUAAGGAUAUCAUCACGGAUAUUUUGCGGAAGGAGUGGGGAUGGGAUGGUUUGGUUAUGAGUGAUUGGUUCGGUACGUACAGCACCAGUGAUGCAAUCAAGGCUGGUUUGGACCUAGAGAUGCCGGGCAAGACACGCUGGCGUGGAACUGCCUUGGCGCAUGCCGUUUCGUCGAACAAGGUCCCUGAGUUUGUCAUGGAUGAGCGUGUCCGCAAUGUGUUAAAUCUGGUUAACUUUGUGGAUGGCUUGAACAUUCCGGAGAAUGCCCCGGAGAAAGCUCUCAACCGCCCACAGGACCAGGCUCUCCUCCGCCGUGCUGCGGCGGAGUCCGUCGUGCUCAUGAAGAACGAGGAGAACAUUUUGCCUCUGCAGAAGGACAAGUCUAUUCUGGUGAUUGGUCCCAACUCCAAGGUUGCGGCGUACUGCGGCGGUGGCUCCGCGUCUUUGGAUGCGUAUUACACUGUCACUCCGUUCGAGGGUGUCUCGGCUCAGAGCAAGGGUGAGGUCAAGUACGCUCAAGGUACCUACUCGCACAAGGACCUUCCUCUCCUUGGGCCCUUGCUGAAGACUGCCGACGGCAAGACUGGCUUCUCAUUCAAGGUGUACAACGAACACCCUACCGAAUCUAACCGCGAACUGAUCGAGGAGCUGCACCUGGUCUCGUCGAGCGGUUUCCUCAUGGACUACGUCAAUCCCAAGAUCAAGUCUUUCACUUACUACGUCGAUAUGGAGGGUCUCUUUACCCCCGAGGAAGACGGCGUCUACGACUUCGGCGUCACGGUCGUCGGUACGGGUCAACUGUUCAUCGACGGCGAGCUCGUCGUGGACAACACCAAGAACCAACGCCAGGGCUCUGCCUUCUUCGGCUCCGCUACCGUCGAAGAGAAGGGCUCGAAGGAACUCAAGGCCGGCCAAACGUACAAGAUCCUCUUCCAGUUCGGCACAGCACCUACCUCCGACCUCGACACCCGCGGGGUGGUAGCCUUCGGACCCGGUGGCUUCCGCUUUGGGGCCAGCCGUCGCGUCGGCCAGGAAGAGCUCAUCGCCAACGCCGUCAAGCUCGCCUCCGAGGCUGAACAGGUGGUCAUCUUCGCCGGUCUGACCAGCGAGUGGGAGACCGAGGGCUACGACCGCGACCACAUGGACCUGCCCCCCGGCAGCGACGAGAUGAUCUCGCGCGUGCUGGAGGUCAACCCGAACGCAGUCGUGGUGAUCCAGAGCGGCACUCCGGUGACCAUGCCCUGGGCCAACAAGACCAAGGCGCUCCUGCACGCCUGGUUCGGCGGCAACGAGUGUGGCAACGGCAUCGCGGACGUGCUCUACGGCGACGUCAACCCCUCCGGCAAGCUGCCCAUCACCUUCCCCGUGCGUCUGCAGGACAACCCCAGCUACGUCAACUUCCGGUCCGAGCGCGGCCGUGUGCUCUACGGCGAGGACGUCUACGUCGGAUACCGCUACUACGAGAAGACCGAGCUGGCCCCUCUCUUCCCCUUCGGCCACGGUCUCUCCUACACGACGUUCACCCGCUCCGACCUGACCCUCAGCACCACCCCCGAGAAGGCCCAGUACGAAGAAAGCGGCGAGCCCAUCACCGCAACCGUCACGGUGACCAACACCGGCAAGGUCGCCGGUGCCGAGAUCGUCCAGCUCUGGGUCACCCCUCCGGCAACCGAAGUGAACCGCCCCGUCCGCGAACUCAAGGGCUUCGCCAAGGUCUUCCUGCAGCCCGGCGAGCAGAAGAAGGUCGAGAUCGUCGUGGAGAAGAAGCUGGCAACCAGCUGGUUCGACGAGAUGCGCGAGAAGUGGGCGUCCGAGAAGGGCGAGUAUGAGGUUCUUGUUACCGGUACUGGCGAGGGUGUUCUCAAGUCGUCCUUCCAGGUCGAGAAGACUCGCUACUGGCUGGGUCUGUGA